AUGCACGACCGUUUUCGAUCGCACCAGGAGAUGGGCGAUGUUUUCAUGAUGGUAACGCCUGGGAGGAAUUGGCUUUACAUCGCCAACCCUGACGCUCUGAUGGACAUGUUCCGAAGACGCGCCGAGUUUCCCCAGUGCAUUGAGCUCACUGAGGUGCUCAAUGUGUUUGGAACAAACUUGGGCACUGUCGAAGGCCAGCAAUGGAAAACCCAGCGCAAGAUGAUUGCGACCUGCUUCAACGAGCCGAACAACGAGAUUGUCUGGUCUGAAAGCCUUUCUCUGGCUCGUGACAUGCUCAAGUAUUGGGUCAAGAAGCCGUCGAUUUCGAGCUCCGCUGACGAUCUUCGCACUCUGUCUCUCCACGUCCUUGCCGGGGCCGGAUUCGGGAAGUCGUUUGAAUUUGAAGGACAUGAUGAGAGGAGGAACACUAGUCUCUCCGGCGACUACAAAACUUCUCUGCAAAUGAUCCUGGAGAACUGCAUCCUCAUCAUGGACGAGGCCAAGAGCGGCGCCGGCCUGACCGAGUCCGAGAUCUACGGCAACAUGUUCAUGCUCAACUUCGCCGGGCACGACACCACGGCGCACACCCUCACCUUCGCCAUCCACUUCCUGGCCGCGAACCCGGCCGUGCAGGACUGGGUCUCGGAGGAGGCGCGCACCGUCCUGGGCGAGAGGGACCAGGACCAGGCCGGGUGGGACUACGCCGCGAGCUUCCCGCGCCUCAGGCGGUGCUUCGCCGUCCUGCUCGAGACGCUGCGCCUCUACACGCCCGUCCCCGUGGCCAAGUGGACGGCCGGCGGGACGGCGUCGCUGGAGGCCGGCGGGAGGACGUACGUCGUGCCGCCGAACACGAUGGUCAUACCUAGCUACGCGGCCGUCCACACGGAGCCCAAGUACUGGGGGUCUGAUUCGCUCACCUGGCGGCCGUCGCGCUGGAUCCAAGCAGCUGGCGCGCCUGGCAUGGAGGAACUCAUCACCCCGCAGAAGGGCACCUUUCUGGGCUGGUCCGAGGGAGCGCGUGACUGCCCUGCCAGGAAGUUCUCGCAGGUCGAGUUCGUGGCUACGGUGGCGACUCUGCUCCGCGACUGGCGAGUCGAUCCGGUACCGCUCGAUGGUGGGGAGAGCCUGGAUCAUGCGCGGAAGAGAGUCUUGGACUUGAUCGAGAAGGACUCGGGACCUGUGCUGCUGCAGCAGAUGUUGCACCCUGAGCGUGCAUCUCUGACCUGGACGAAGAGGUAA